AUCUCACAAAUCGGAUCAUUUUCCUUUGUUCCCAAAAAAAAAAAAAAAAAAAGAAAAAAAAAAAAAGGAUGUUACGAAAAACAUCCACUCUGGGGGUGUCUCCGCCACCACUGAACCAUGUUUUCAACUUCCUCAGCAUCGUCCUUAAACUUUAGUAGUUUUCAUUUGGGUCUUGGAAAUAACUGGAAUUUCAGGACUUGUGCAAGACCAACCGCUUGUCUUUCCCAGUCCCAGGAAAGUGGGAAUCUAGAGCCAAUCAAGAAGCAAGAUAAAACUAGUGGGAUAGGAAAAACCAGGUCUGCCACGAAGGAUCAGGUCGUCAUUUCCAACUCUCAGGUUUCUCAGCAGGAGAGCUCCCCUCCACUGAUUACUGCAUUGAAGGCUUCAGCUGAACAAAGUGCUGCUACAUUUCACUUCCCUGGGCACAACAGAGGUCGAGCUGCACCAUCUUCUUUAACUAAGCUUAUUGGCUUAAAGCCAUUUGUUCAUGAUUUGCCUGAGCUUCCUGAUCUUGACGACCUCUUUUCCCCGAAAGGGCCCAUUUUAGAAGCACAACAACAGGCGGCCAGUCUCUUUGGGUCAACCGAGACAUGGUUCCUUGUAGGAGGAACCACAUGUGGAAUUCAGGCAGCAAUUAUGGCUACAUGUUCCCCUGGAGAAAUUUUAAUUCUCCCUCGCAAUUCGCAUAUAUCAGCCAUAUCUGCUAUGAUAUUGUCGGGUGCAGUACCUAAGUACAUCAUCCCGCAUUAUAAUUUUCACUGGGACAUUGCUGGUGGGGUCACUCCAUCACAGGUAGAGGCUGCAAUCAAGGAAGUGGAGAAAGAAGGCCGAAAAGCAGCUGCAGUUUUGGUCACUUCCCCCACUUAUCAUGGUAUAUGCAGCAACGUGAGGGAGAUAACCCAGUUGUGCCAUUCUCAUGGAAUUCCUGUGAUUGUUGAUGAGGCUCAUGGCGCACAUCUAGGAUUUCAUCCUGAGAUGCCAUAUUCGGCCAUGCAGCAAGGUGCUGACCUAGCCGUUCAAUCCACUCACAAGGUUCUCUGCUCUCUCACACAAUCAUCAAUGUUGCAUAUGUCUGGGAGUAUUGUAGAUAGAGAGAGAAUUUCAAGAUGUCUUCAAACGCUUCAAAGUAGUAGUCCUAGUUAUCUGCUUCUGGCAUCAUUAGAUGCUGCUAGAGCUCAAAUUAGUGAAAAUCCAGAAAAUAUUUUUGAUAAAGCGUUACAGUUGGCCAUUGAAGUGAAGAAUACGAUAAGAAAAAUUUCAGGUAUUUCAGUUCUCGACCAUCAAAGCUUCCCUAAUUUCCCUUCAACUGAUCCCCUGCGGCUUACCAUAGGAUUCCAACAGCUUGGCUUGUCCGGUUAUGAAGCCGAUGAAAUCUUGUACAAGGAUCAUGAAAUCAUUUGUGAACUUGUUGAAACCCAAUCCAUUACUUUUGCACUUAACCUUGGAACCUGUAGAGAGCAUGUCCAGAGGUUAUUAUCGGGAAUAAAGCACCUGGUGGCCGCUUCUGCAUCAACUCAGGCUGCUAAAAGGAAAGUGGAAGGAGUUGGUGAGUCUGCAAUCUUUGCAGAAAUUGAAACAAGCUUAGUUCCUAGAGAUGCCUUUUUUAGUGGUAAAAGAAGAGUGAGGGUUGAAAACAGCCUUGGGGAAAUUUGUGGGGAGCUUAUAUGUUCAUAUCCGCCUGGGAUUCCGGUAAUAAUCCCGGGGGAGACUAUCACAAAGAAAGCUUUGGAUUAUCUGCUACAUGUUAGAAGCAAAGGUGCUGUAAUCAGUGGAGCUUCUGAUCCCGAACUCGCUUCCAUAGUUGUCUGCAGCAAGUAAUGCAUUGUUUGGUUUGGGAGGGAGAAGGUGUAGGUACAUUCCAAAUUUUGUUCUGCUUCAAAAGAUAGCAGCAUAUUGCACGACAUGAAUAGAAUGUUGAUGUAAACUAAUACCGGCAUUUGGAUUUUGUGUUUUCUGUGUGUUUUUUUAUUUAUUUUUUAUUAUUUUAAUUUUAUAUAUUUAUAUUA